CGCGACCAUGUCGCCAUUUUGAUUUGAAAAAUAUGACUGAGUUUUUUCCUGCUUUGCGUGCUAAACUUCACCCCGCGUCCGAAUUAUUUGAAUCCGGCGCGGAUCUGGAAUAGCCCGCACCGCUGCUCAGUGCCACGGGGCCGUCGCCGCGGGGGAGGGGGGGGGACUGUUCAUCUGCCAGCGCUCUGAGCCACAGUGGGACUAGCUAAGUUGAGCUAAGCUAACAGCAGCCUGACCCCCUUCUUCAAAACAAAUCACUAUCCAGGCUAAAGCUAACUGGUUAGCUCCUGGUUAGCUGCGGGGCUAGCGACUUAGUUAGCUGCCGGACGGGAAACUGAUCGGGGGUCAGACGGCGGGGACCGAGGGGGCUUCUCGACCAAAGGUUAUGGUGAGCCUCUCUGCGUCUCAUCUCCUAAACAGGCCUGCGUUUUAAGAGGAGACCCAUGCUGAUAAUGCCAGCCUCGCCACACUCUCUGUCGUCUGCACAAACACAAAUGCCUGCCUGCCCGUGGGGGAGGUCUGAUUAAAGAGAUCCACGUUUCAUCCACUGGGCCGUGUCCCCCGUCCCGGCGGCCACCAUGUUUUGGAAGUUCGACCUGCACACCACCUCCCACAUCGACCAGCUGCUGGACCGGGAGGACGUGACGCUGCGGGAGCUGAUGGAGGAGGACGACGUCCUGCAGGAGUGCAAGGCCCAGAACCGCCGCCUGCUGCUCUUCCUCUCCCAGGACCACUGCAUGCAGGAGCUGGUCAGCCUCAUCACCACAGAGCCGUCCGCCGAGCUGGAGGAGCGGAGCCGCUUCAAGUUUCCCAAUAUUGCUUGUGAGCUGCUGACUUCAGACGUGUCCAUAAUAAACGAUAAGCUGGGUGCUGACGAGUCCCUGCUGGAGAUGCUGUACCGCUUCCUGGAGCAGGACCCGCCCCUCAACCCCCUCCUGGCCAGCUUCUUCAGCAAAACCAUCGGCAACCUGAUCGCCAGGAAAACCGAACAGGUGAUCACCUUUCUGAAGAAAAAAGAAGGCUUCAUCGGUCUGGUGCUCAAACACAUCGACGCCUCGGCCAUGAUGGACCUCCUGCUUCGCCUCAUCAGCUGCGUGGAACCGGCGCCCCUGAGACAGGAAGUCCUCCACUGGCUGAACGAGGAGCGAUUGGUACAAAGACUCACAGAGCUCAUCCACACCGGCAAAGAUGAGGAGAGACAAUCAAACGCGUCCCAAACGCUGUGCGACAUCAUCCGCCUUAGUCGAGACCAGGCCAAUCAGAUGCAGGAGAGCGUGGAGGCCGACCCGCUGCUGGCUGUGCUGGAGUCGCAGGACAGCGUAGCGGGACUUCUGAAGAACAUGUUUGACGGGGAGAGGAGCGAGGCCUCCAUCGUUAACGGAACUCAAGUGCUACUUACCUUACUGGAGACCAGGAGGUCUGGGUUAGAGGUCGGGCUGAUGGAUCUGUAUUCUCAGGGUUAUGAAAGGUCUUACACUGUCAACAGCAGUAUUUUAAAUGCCAUUGAGCAUUUAAAGGACUUCCAGCAGCUUCUUCUGGAUCCCCCCAAGAAAAGUGCAAUAUUGACGACCGUCGGCGUUCUGGAGCAGCCACUAGGGAACGCCCGCCUUCACGUGGCCCGGCUGGUGGCCUCCCUGCUGCAGACCAACGCGCCCAGCAUGUGCCAGGAGCUGUGCAGCCUGGCCACCAUGGAUCUACUACUGGAUCUGUUCUUCAAAUACACCUGGAAUAACUUUUUGCACUUCCAAGUGGAGCUGUGCGUGGCGGCCAUAUUGAACCAUCCCUCCACAGAGGAGCGGCCCGGCCCGGGCCUCCAGAACCACGACGAGAAGCCGGCCGAGUCCGACCCGGAGGCGCCGAGCGGCGAGGGGGCGGAGCCGGGCCGGCCCAGCGACCCGCACGCCUCCAUCCACAACGCCCUUGUGGCUCAUCUCUUCCAGAAGUGUCGGCUGGUCCAGAGAAUCCUCGACGCCUGGGAGGAGAACGACAAAAUCCAGUCUGACGGCGGCACCCGGAGAGGCAACAUGGGUCACUUGACCAAAAUCGCCAACAUGGUGGUGCAGAACCUGGAGAAAGGCCCGGUCCAGGCCCAGAUCGCCGACCUCAUCAAAGAGCUGCCUGAAGACUGCAGGGGGCGCUGGGAGAGCUUCGUGGACGAGACGCUGAGAGAGGACGAACCGAGGAACACGGUGGAGCUCGUGAGCACCCACAACAUGCACUCGUCCAGCGAGGACGACGACAUGGAGAGCCCCUUCCCCAACGACCUGUCGUUGCAGCAGGCCUUCUCCGACUACCAGAUCCAGCAGAUGACCGCCAACUUCGUGGAUCAGUUCGGGUUCAAACGACGAGGGAGUUCAGCCGAGCACGACGAGAACAGCAACGCCACGUUCGACAGGAUCGCAGAAAUAAACUUCAAUCUAGAUGCUGAUGAUAAUAGUGCCAAUGCGGCUGCUUUUGAAGCCUGCUGUAAAGAGAGGAUACGCCAGUUCGACGAUGCUGAAGAGGAGGAGGACAUCUGGGAGGAGAAGGAGAUCAACUAUGCAACACAAGCUAAAUCCAGAACGAGGUUCGGGGCGUCUCAGUCGUCGGAGGGGAGCUCCAGAAGCAGCCUGGAGAACGGCGGGCGGGAGCGGGACCGCAGCUCCGAGUCCGACGAGGACGAAGACUCCGGGCAGAACACGCCCGACACAGGUCCCGGCUGGACGGCCAAUUUCAGGGAUUCUGGAGGGACGGCGCCGUCUGCGUCCCCGCAGGCUGGGAGAGCUCGGCGGGGGGGCGGCGGCGACACGCAGGAAACCGGCUGGCCAACUUCACCGAGUUCCAGCCCGUUCUCCGGUACAGAGACGACGCCGCGGUGGCAGCGCUCCGGUGGACCCGGCCGCCGCCGCCGCCGACACAAACAAGCUAAACCAAACCACGCCGGGAGCGGCGAGUCCUCCUGCCCCGGCCCGGGGCCAGACGGGAGCGUGGCGGCGCCGGGGGCCUCGGACAGCAGCUCCUCGGGGGGGGGUCGGACAGCGAGGACUACGACAGGAAGAACGCCGCCGCCCGCCGCCGCCGAAAACAAGCCAGCUGACCUCAAAAGUGAGGAGAGUCCGGUGUCUCUGGAGAAGCUCUCCCUGUCGGAUGCUCCCGCCAGCGACUCGCCUGCAAACACACAGUCGGACAGGAAAGAAGAAGCAGCGCCGGAGGUGUCGGUCAACGGGCCGGUGUGAGGCCGAGCGGACGCAGCCCCGCCCCUCCCUCCCCCCUCCCCCCUCCCCCCUCCCAGAACCCCCCCGCAGCUCCAGUGUUCCUCCCCGAUCACUCGGCCACGUUAUUGGACCUGGACACUGCCAAUCGACACCAAUAAUGAGGCGGCGGGACUCGAAAGCGAACCCUAGAAAUCAGAGGAAGAGGAGAAGAGAGCCCCCCCCCCCCGGCCCCGGCCCCCCCACAACCCCCCCCCCCCCCCCCCGGGUUCCACACGAUUCCGUGCGGUUUUAAUGUAGCAGCGACAGAAUCCGAGGGGCCUCGCCAUCGCCAUGCUUUAUUUUUUUAAUGUCUGGAAAGAUCCCACCUCAAACCCCACCCCCCCCCCUCAUCCCUCCCCGUUUUUGCCCCACCCACUUGGGCAUUCGCCCCGGCCGCCCCCGAACGGAUAGCACAGGCUAACUUUUAACGAUGCCUCAACAAUAAAUACCUGUUUUUGAAACCGUCUUUUUUUUUUUUUACCCCCCUCCCCGCCUUCUCUCUUCACGCUUAGGACUAAAAGCACUUAGGCAAGCCGUUUCCUGUCCAUCAGAGCACAAUGUGAGUGUUUUCUGCCCCCCCCACCCCCCCCACAACCCCCCCACCCCCGUCUGUUUGUGGGGUCUGAGGAAGGGCGGGGUCCACGAACACAGCUCUAAUAGUAUUACUGUCUUCUGCUCGUGCAAUAACGCCAGUUCGCCAUUUUAUUUAAAGAAGAAAACCAUGAAAUUCAGCCUGUUUUUCUUUGUCAUCUGGAUCAUAUCUCCUGGUUUUCUUUCUUUUGUUUUUUUUUUUUCUCUUUUAGUUGCAUGCAUAACCGGUUCUGUUGACCUAGCUAGUGAGCUCAGACCUUCUGAUUGUAUUAAGUUCUUCUUACUGCCCCCCCCCCUCCUAAAUCAACCAAACAUUAUCUACCUAUAUACAAAUAUUAUCUACAUUUAAAAGUAAUUUUACAAGCAAUCUUGAGAUUACUGUUGCUGUCUGUUCCAUUUUUUUUUUCCCUCCUUCGCCACAAGAGUGGCAUCGGGAGUGACGCUGUAUGUUUUUUUUUUCUUUUUCAUCCCCCUCUUUAUUUUUAUUUUAUUUUUUUUAAUUUUAUUUUCUUUCUGAGCUGCAGGAUUGGAAGGAGUGCAGGUCUGGACUUCCAGGCCUCUUUGGUUGUACUUACUUAAAAUCACUCGACAGCGAUCAGGUUCCACGAUCAUUGUUUAAAAAGAAAAGAAAGGAAAAAAAAAAAAAAAAAAGUUGAAAUUAAAAAGUGUCUGGUUGACCACAUUGAUACCAAAAAGCGUUUGGCUUUUUGCCCGUCUGGUUGUUUCUCUGUUCGUGAAGUUCAGCCACACAAGCGAAGACGUUUUUAAACCCACAGUUUUUCUUUUUUAUUUGGAUUCUAAAAACUAUAUUGACAUGAUUGACAACAUAACCCGGCUCAGAAGGUCAUUUCUAAAAAAAAAAAAAACAAACAAA